AUGGAGCAAUCGACUAGUCAACCUCCAACUUUGGAUCGAUUUUCACCUGUUAGAACAACACCAGCUGUGAAUGGGGUAAGAAAGUUUAUUAAAAAAAAUUAAAAACCUAAUUGACCAUCCCAAAUUUAACUCACGUUUUCUAAAAAUAAAAUUGGAAAUGCCCUAUUUUUAAAUAAAAUUUUUGGCAAAAAAUAAUUUUAUCGUGAAAAUUUCUCCCGUCAUUUCGCAUUUUUUUCAGAACUCAAAUGGUGUUCGCCCUGUGAUUCCAGCUCGACAAUCAACAUCUGCUCCAAAUGUUGUCACCACCGAAUUAUACAAUGUUCCCGGUGUCAGACACAAGGCGAAUUUUCGAAUUCUAUCCCAACAAGUUCGACUUUUCGACUUAUCAUUCACCGAAAAAAGUUUCAAAAUUCAUACUGAAUUAGUGAUAAUGCCUUCUGAUGGAUUUGCAAUGAGUAUUCUAUUGCAUAUGGGACAAGCUGUUAUUUUACCGGAUGAUGGAACUGGAAUUAUGGUUGAUGGAUUGACGGCAAAGUUUCGGAGGAGAGAUCCGCUUGGAAAUGUUAUUGGGCCAAAUGUUUCGCAUUGUAUUUCGGAAUUGGAACCAAUGAUUUAUACACAAUUAAAGGAAAAUGAUUGUGAGUUUCUAGAAGUUCGAAAUUUUUGUUCAAUUAAAAAAUUUAAAAAUUCCCCUUUCCAGAUAACUUGGAUAUUACAAUUCCUGAAAACCUCAAAGACAAAGUAAAAUAUCGAAAAGCCCUUCGAAUUACAAUUGAUUGUUCAGUUAAAAAUCCAACAAAAGGCAUCACAUUCGUCGAAGCAUCAAAAGAUCAACCAAAUACAAAUGAUGAACAUAUGUAUACAUAUCACACACCUUAUAUAAGUGGAACACGGGAAUGGUUGCCAUGUUAUGAUGAACCUGAUCAAUUAGCGCUAUGGGAUAUUAAUUUCGAAGUUCCGAGUGAUUAUGUGCCGGUUGUUAGUGCGGAAUUGAAAGAGAAACAGAUUUCGGAAGCGAAUGAGGAUAUUUGGGUUUAUACUUUUACACAAACAAUACCGACAAGUGCGUGUAAUAUUGGAUGGGCGAUUGCAAGAUUUACACCAGAUGCACACAAGGAAACACCAACGGUAAGAUUCUGAGAAAAUUCUGAUACGAAAUGGUCCACUAGAAUUAAAAAUUUCUGGCUCAAAAUUCAAUCCUGAUUUUCUUUUUCAUUAAAUCAUUAAACCAACUCUGCUGAAAGAAUUUGAAUUCGAAAAAUUUAAUUGAAAAAAGUGAUUUGAAAACUACUGAAAUUUCUUAAUUAGAAAAAAACAGUUUUUUUUCGAGCCACAAGCUCUAAAAUCCUAUCUUUCCAGAUUCACACAUUUUCAUUACCCGGACUUCGACCAUUCGUAAAAUACACAACAAUGUUCGUCGAUAAAAUGGUUGAAUUUCUCGAAGAAAAAUUGAGUUGUCGAAUGGCUUAUCCAACUCUAAAAAUCGUUUUCGUCGAUCAAGCAAAUGAAGAUAUCAGUGUUUAUAGUAGUCUUCUAAUCGCUUCAACAAGUCUACUUUAUCAUCGAAAAAUCAUUGAUGUUGUGCAAGAAGUUCGACAGAAAUUGAUCAAUGGAAUUGCUCAACAAUUCUUCGGCUGUUUUAUUUGUCCAUCACAUUGGAUUCAUUGGUGGGUUGUGAUGGCGAUUUCGAGAUUGAUGACUAGUUUAUAUGUGGAAUCGAAAUUAGGAAUGGCUGAAGCGAGAUGGCAAUUGAAACGAAUUAUGGAUGAUGUUUGUGAUUAUGAACAUCAAUGGGGAAAGAUUAUAUUGUCACCGAAUUUGAGCGAUCAAUCAAGACGAAAUUUGCAUUUUGAUCCACGUCAUGAAUACACUUGUUCCCCGCUUUAUGCUGAAAAUAUGCUGAAAAAGGGUUAUUUGACGAUGAGAAUGUUGUUGAAACGACUUGGACAAGAACCAUUUCUCCGAGUUUUGCAUCGACUUUUAACUGUUGGUUUGGAAAUGAGCGAAAAGAAAUUGACACCGGGAGCCUGGAAACAUUUAUUGACUUGUUCUGAAGCAUUCUUUAGAGCUGUUAGUACUGUAACUGGAAGUGAGAUUCCAACUUUUGUGGAGCAAUGGGUGAAUUCAGGAGGACACGCCGCAUUCGCUGUCAAAUUUGAUUUUAAUAGAAAAAGAAAUAUGAUUGAACUUGAAGUCAAACAAGAUGAUUUGGAAGGAAAUGGAAGAGCACAAUAUACUGGACCACUUUCGAUUGUUGUGCAAGAAGUUGAUGGAGCAUUUACACAGACAAUUCAAAUUGAUGGAGCUGUUACACAUGCUGAUGUUCAAUGUCAUUCAAAAGGUCGAAAACAGAAACGGAAAAAGAUUCCGAUAAUGACUGGAGAAGAAAUCGAAUUCGAUUUAUCGAAUAUGGACGCUGAAUCGCCGGUUUUAUGGAUUCGAUUGGAUUAUGAUUAUUUGCUGAUAAGAGAUAUUAAUAUUUCGCAGCCAAUGUUUCAUUGGGAAUAUAUGUUGAAAUAUGAGCGAGAUGUUAUUGCACAAAUGGAGGCAUUGGAAAGAAUUCAAAUAUUUCCAUCAGCGCAGAGUAAAUCGAUUAUUGUUGACACGAUUGCCAAUGAGAAGUUUUUCUACAGGUGAGAUUUAAUAUAAAAUUGUAGGAAAAUCCUCAAAAAUACAAUUUCUUUUUAAAGUAUGAAAAAUUAACCUCUUUAUAAAAAAAAUUUCGGUUUUUGUUGAAUUUUUUUUCUUUCAACGAAAAUCGAAAUUUCGGUUUUUGUUGAAUUUUUUUUUCUUUCAACGAAAAUCGAAAUUUCGGUUUUUGUUGAAUUUUUUUUCUUUCAACGAAAAUCGAAAUUUCGGUUUUUGUUGAAUUUUUUUCUUUCAACGAAAAUCGAAAUUUCGGUUUUUGUUGAAUUUUUUUCUUUCAACGAAAAUCAAAAUUUCGGUUUUUGUUGAAUUUUUUUUCUUUCAACGAAAAAAAAUACUAGAAAAUUCUAUUUUUGAAAAAUUUUACCAUAAAAUCAGAUCAUUUCAAGUGCAACAUUAGAUUUUCCAUUUUUCAGAAUCCGAUGUCGUGCAGCUUUUGUUCUCUCAUCUGUCCAAAAUCGAAAAACCGAAGCAUUAACCGGUGGAACUCCAGUUCUCGUAAAUAUGUUCAAAGAAAUGUAUGGCUCAAAAGCAGUUCCUCAUAUUCCAAAACCCAAUAAUUUUGUUGUCACUUCACAAUAUUUACAACAAUAUUUCCUCAUGCAAGCCUUACCACAAGCAGCCGCAAAACUUCGAAAACACACUGGAGAAUGUUAUGAAGAUGUGCUGAUGUUUUUGUUGGAUUUGGUUCGAUUCAAUGAUAAUUCAACAAAUCGAUAUGCUGAUGAUUUUUAUACGGCUGGAUUGUUGAGUGCUUUGGGCAGUUGUAUUUAUCCAGCAGAAUGUUUGCCAGCGAGAGUUGAGGUGCCUGAAAAUUUGACGAUUGAGAUCAGAAAGAUUUUGAAGGUAUACUGUUUUUUUUUGUUGAAAAUUUACAACACCGGCAAUAAAUAUUCAGGAACUGACGUAUUCGCUAAACAUGGAUACUGUAAAUCCAAGUUUUUCUCGAAUUGUUGGAAUUGCUGCACUUAGUGGAAUUUAUCAAUUACAAAAAUGUGGAUAUCUUCCACUUGAUUCGCGACUUUUAUGGAUGUUUACCGAAACAAAAAUCUGUGCAGAAAUGCGAAAAGCAUCGAUUAGUUUAUUGAUUGAUCGAGUUUGUAAUGAUCCACAUUCUUCCGAUUGUCGAUUGAAGGAUUGUUUGAAGUUGUUAGAAAUGGCGAGGAAUGAUAUUGAUCCAUCGAUACGGAAAAGAAUUCCGAGAUUGUUGGCAGAAACACCGCCGUUUGCAACUUAUAAUAAGUGGGUUUGGAAUUUUUGAAAAAUUGAUGAUUCGGAAGUUUUUUAGCACUGAAUAUGGACACACAAAUUCGUGCAACACUGAACAAUUUGCUGAUAAAUUAUGGGAAUUGGUGACGGAUCGGAAAAUUGUGAGUUUUUCACAUUGAAUUUUGAAAUUUGUUCAAUUUUCUGUUAAAAAUUGUAUUUAACUUGAAAAAAUAUUAUAAUAAUUAGAAUAAUUAUCAAAAUUUUUGACCUCAAAAUCCACUAAAGUUCCAAAAAAAAUUUUUUUUUCAAAAAUUCUUUCCCGCCCGAAUCAAAAUUUUGAUUCGGGCGUGAAUUCAAAAUUUCCUCCCUUCUCCGCUCAAUAAAACUUUCCAGGAUGGAAAUGUUCGCUGUUCAUUCGUCGAUGUCUACUUCUCCCUCUUCGGUCUCGGAAUUCCACCAGUUUCAGGCGGUCCAGCCGAAGCCGCCGGCCAUCAUCGAUCCUAUGUCACAGUCGCCAGCGCCUCAUCAAAUCUCUCAACUUCUCAAUGGCACAAUUCAGCGUAUGAAGCGGCUAGACGAUCACCGCCACGUGUUUCGAGUUUAGGCGAUGAUUCUCUCAUGUAA